AUGGCGAAUUCCUACGAGCACGAGCUCAAGCUGGCCGAGCUGGCCGUGCAAAAAGCCGUCAUCGUCACCCGCAAAGUCCUGCAGCUUGUCGAAAAAGGCGAGCUCGCCAAAGACAACAAGACGCCCGUGUCCCUGGCCGACUUUGCCGCGCAGGCCCUGCUCGUCGCCGCCAUCCACCACCGCUUCCCCGACGACACCAUUGUCGGCGAGGAGGACACGCGGCUGCUCGCGACGAGCCCGGCGCUGGUCGAGCGCGUCUGGCAGCUCGUGGCGUCGUCGCGCCUCGACGACGCCGCGAGCGAGGCGCUGCUGCACGCGCCCGCGUCGGCCGCGGAUAUGCUGCGCUGCAUCGAGCUCGGCGGGCGCUCGUACGCCGGGCCGACGGGCCGCGUGUGGAUGCUGGACCCCGUCGACGGCACCAAGGGGUUCCUCCGCGGCGGCCAGUACGUCGUCUGCGCCACGCUGCUCAUCGACGGCGCCGAGACGGUCGCCGCGUUUGGCUGCCCGCACGUCGACGUCGCCGCCGGCGCCAUCUCGGAGCAGGACGCCCAGACGGACGGCACCGCCGGCUGCCUCGUCUCCGCCAUCAGAGGACGCGGCGCAUUUGUCCGGCCGCUCUCGACGGGCGCGCUCGCCGAGCGUCGCCGGAUCGAGCAGAGACGGCCCGUGGACGACCUGCGCCGCCUCCGCUUCUGCGAAAACGCCGAAACCACGUCGCCGCAGUUUGCCGGCCGCGCUGAGAUUGCAGCCGCGCUGGGCGCGACGACGUGGGCGCCGAUGCACGUCUUCAGCACCCAGCUGCGCUACCUGGCCCUGGCCCUGGACCUCGCUGAUGUGGUCCUGCGCGCGCCGCGGCCGGGCGAGGCGCCGCCGCACAUCUGGGACCACGCCGGCGGUGUCAUGGUGUUUGCCGAGGCCGGCGGCAAGGUCACGGACCUCAACGGCAAGGACCUGGUGUUUACGGCCGGGCGUGACCUGACGGAAAACUUUGGCCUGGUGGCGUGUCCCGCUGGCAUCCAUGCGCAAGUCAUUGAGGCGGUCAAGGGCGUGUUUGCAGCGUAUCCAGAGUAUAACGGCAUUGUCCAGAGCUAA